AUGGCAGACGUGAACGAGAUGUCAACGCGAGAGACCUACAGCAAGGCAACGUUCGGCGCUCCUUCGCUUUCCGCGUCGAGCCGUACCAACAUCCUGAUGCCAGACCCCGGAAAUGCCAUCAAGUUCAGUGGAAGCAGAUGGAGCAGGGCGCAUAGGAUUCUCCUGGCCCUCGUCAUUCUCCUGCUCCUGAUCUCGAUUGCACUGGCUGCAACACUAGCUGUUUUCUACCUCAGGUUAACAAAAGUCGCCGACGACUCAAGCAACGUUUGCGUGACGCCGGCCUGCGUGCAAUAUGCGGCGAUGUUUUCGGAGAACAUGAAUAGAGCUGCUGAUCCGUGCGAGGACUUCUACGAAUACGCGUGUGGCGGCUGGAUCAGGAAGAACGAAAUAUCGGCCGACGAGCUGUCGCACGGCGUUUACGACACCAUAGAUAGAGCCGUCCUGCUCACGCUAAGAGAUGCUCUUGAGGAGCCAGUCAUCGUCGAGUAUAGCGAGGCAACGCGCAAAACUCGAAAGCUCUACGAAGAGUGCAUUGACAUCGCUUCGGUCGACGAACGUAAGGCGAUGCCACUACGCCAACUCCUGCGUGAUCUCAACGCAACCUCGUGGCCGAUCACGGAGGCGCAGUGGGAUCCUGUCAGGUUUGAUCUGACGAGGUUGCUGGCUGUCGCGUGGCUGCACGGGUUCGAUGCGAUAUACGAUCUGUCGGUGGGGGUGGACGAUCGGCAUUCAGACCGCCACAUACUUACACUGGACUCGGCUUCCCUAGGCUUGGGAGAAAACACAAAAAACCAAUACCUUAACAGGACGGAGUAUGGUCACUACAUCAAUGCGUAUCGCAGAUACAUGAACGACAUAGCUAAAAUCCUAAACCCGGGGGCAUCUGACUACUCGUUAGAUACCAGAAAGCUGCUGGACUUUGAAACAGAGCUGGCUAUGGUGCAUGCCGAUCCGUACGAAAGACAGAAUUCAGUCAAACUCAAUAACGUGACGAAUCUUCGGAACCUCAGCGCCACCUAUACGGCAGUUGAUUGGACACGUUUAAUAUCAAUGAUAAGGCCGCACGCUAUAGAAAUAGGGCCUAACGAUUCGAUCGUCGUCGUUCAGCCAGCGUACAUGAGAGACGUGGACGACCUACUGCGAUACGGAAUAUACGAAGAACGUUUGAAGUGA